AUCGCUACCAUCACUGCCAGAGUAGCCUAGAUCCCACAAACCAAACCUGGAGGAUAGAUAUAAUCAACAGGAUGUGGCCCGGCUCCGAGCGUGGAAGCUCGCGGGCACUAGAGUUCCCGACCAGCCAGCAGAACGCCGGCGGUAGUAGCCAACAGGAGACGCUGGCCGACAUCGAACAUAUAUCCACCAUAGCCGGAUCUUUGGCCUCCAUUGGCUCGAUCUCGCACACCCAGAUGCGUUAUCAAUGCACCAAUGAUGCCGGCUAUGACACGGAACACACUUCCCUCAACUCGGAUUUUGAUGAAAUUGAACUCCGCAGGGAGUUACUAAGAGAUAAAUGGAAACUACUCUUUGAUAUGUUCGAUCCGGAAGGUUUCGGCGAAAUCUCCUUCGAGGAAUUUAUUCUGGCAUUAAGAUCACCAGAGUUCUUGUCCCAAGUGCCUAUGAACAAAAGGGAGCUGCUGCUUGAGCGGGCCAAGAAGGCGCAACUGCCCACAGGACCGGGCUACGUGACGUUCCAGGACUUUGUGAAUGUGAUGAGCGGUAAGCGUACUCGAAGCUUCAAAUGCGCCGUACACCAUCGAGAUCGUGAGGUUUGCUCAGAGAACGACUUCCAGCUUGUGCUUAACGAACCGCCACUCUUUCGGAAAAUGGUGCAUGCCAUUGCCAUGGAGAUCCUGCCAGAGGAGCGGGAUCGCAAGUACUAUGCCGAUCGCUAUACCUGCUGUCCGCCUCCAUUCUUCAUUAUUCUGGUCACCGUAGUGGAGCUGGGUUUCUUUAUAUAUCACGCGUUGGUCACGGGUGAAGCGGCGGCGCGGGGACCCAUUCCCUCGGACUCGAUGUUCAUCUACCGGCCGGACAAACGGUAUGAGAUUUGGCGCUUCCUGUUCUACAUGGUACUACAUGCGGGAUGGCUGCAUCUCGGAUUUAAUGUGGCAGUGCAGCUGGUCUUCGGUCUGCCGCUGGAGAUGGUACACGGUUCCACGAGGAUAGCCUGUAUCUACUUCUCGGGAGUGCUGGCAGGAAGCUUGGGCACCAGCAUCUUUGACCCGGAGGUGUUCCUCGUGGGCGCCAGUGGUGGAGUCUACGCUUUGCUAGCCGCCCAUCUGGCAAACGUUCUGCUCAACUAUCACCAGAUGCGCUAUGGAGUGCUUCGAUUGCUUCACAUUCUUGUUUUCGUUUCCUUCGAUUUUGGCUUUGCCAUCUAUGCCCGCUAUGCUGGCGAGGAGCUACAGCUGGGAUCAUCGAGUGAAUUCCAGUCCAUAGAUCAGACUGAAACAGUGGUCGCUGUUUCGUUCGUGGCCCACUUGGCAGGAGCUAUUGCCGGCUUGACCAUCGGUCUGCUGGUCCUCAAGAGCUUUGAGCAGAAGCUCCACGAGCAGCUACUGUGGUGGAUCGCCCUCGGAACUUACUCGGCACUGGUCGUCUUUGCCAUAGCCUUUAAUAUAAUGAAUGGAUUCGCCAUGUUUAACGUUCAAGUGGAGAAAAUACGCGUUACAGAAACGUAUUUCAACGACUUUCAAGUGUAGGAGGAUCCCAGGAGGAUUACGAUGAUUAGAUCAAGAAUAUCCAUUAUCUCAUUUCGCUUAAAUUUAUGUUCAUUGCGUUCCGUUGAAGUUUUUAUUGUUUUCGGACGUCGAUUAAGGUUUCCCGUUUCCCGUUUAUUGUUUUGUUAUAAUCACGCUUUAUCUGUAGAAUCGGAUAGGGCCGAGUAGCCUCUUUAGAACUAUGCUUACGUGUAUUUUCGGCGUUAAUAAUUUUUUUUCAUUACUAGUUAAGUGACAACAAUAUUCAAUAGUAAGGGAAUAUUAAUAACAAAUGGAACUGAUUAGGUGUGUAACAUAAUGCUCAAGGAAUUCAACAUUUAUAAAUAUAUAUAUAUAUACAUAUAUAUAUACACAUAUAUAUAUACACAUAUAUAACUGCAGAAUCAGAAGACUUUAUAUAGGAGAUAAGGAAAAGGAAAACUCCACGAGAAGCUAUAAAAAUACAAAUAAAAAUAUGCUUAAGGGCUAAUAGAAACCGAUAUUGGCAAUAUAUCUUCUAAAUUUACAGGCCUUACAACAAAUUGAGAUAACUACCUCGAUAAGUAAUAAAUAAUAUUUAUAUAUGCAA